UUUGCACUGAACUCUAAUGGCAGCCGCAACGACAAAGCUGGGGAGAGCUCUGCAACAAAGACGCACCUUCGUCAAUGCUAGAGUCAAAUGGGUAUGUGACCAUCACCUCGACGAAGCUGUUCAGCGCGAGAAAAACCUCAAACAAGUUCUCUCUCUCAAGGAUCGAAUCGUAUCGUCUCCUCCCAAAUCACUCCCUCUCUCAUCCCUCUCACUCCUCAAGCCACUCGUCAAUCUCCACAUAACCGCUGCCGCGUUUUUCCAGAAAUACCCAUCUGUCUUCUCCACUCAUCAGCCUUCUCCUUCUCAUCCUCUCCACGUUCGCCUCACUCCCCAAGCUCUAGCCCUCCACAAGGAAGAAGAAGAGAUGAUUCAUCUCUCCCCGCUUCACCGCAACGCCACUGUCCAACGGCUGACCAAAUUCUUGAUGCUGACCGGAGCCGGAAGUCUUCCUCUCAAUGUCGUCGAUCGUUUCAAGUUCGAUUUGGGUCUCCCUCACGAUUACAUCACUUCUCUGAUCGGCGAUUACCCGGAUUUUUUUGAAGUAACGGAGAUCAAAGAUCGGUUAACGGGUGAACCGACGCUUGCUUUGGCAGUUUCUUCGCGGCGGAGCAGCCUCGCUGUGUCGGAAAUGGAGAGAAGAGAAGCCGUCGUUGAUAGGUCUCGUGUGAAAAAGGGGUUGCGUAUAAGGUAUUCGAUGAAUUUCCCCAAAGGGUACGAGUUGGACAAACGAGUGAAGGAAUGGGUUGAGCAGUGGCAAAAUCUUCCUUACAUCUCACCUUAUGAGAAUGCCUUUCACUUGGGGUCGUUCAGUGAUCAGGCCGAGAAGUGGGCGGUCGCAGUACUUCAUGAGCUUCUGCACCUCUUAGUAUCGAAGAAGACUGAGACAGACAAUGUGCUUUGCUUAGGUGAGUAUUUAGGGUUCGGGAUAAGGUUCAAGCAGGCUUUAGUACACCACCCGGGUAUAUUUUAUAUGUCGCAUAAGAUUCGGACCCAAACUGUUGUCUUAAGGGAAGCUUACCAUAAAGUAUUCUUGAUAGAGAGGCAUCCAUUGAUGGGGAUGAGACAUAGGUACUUGUAUCUUAUGAGCAAAUCAGGGAGAGUGAAGAAGCGAGACUAUGUGCCUGGAAUUGAGAGAAGCAACCAGAAAAAGAGAGCAAUCAAAGCUUGUGAAGAUGGUGAAAUUUAUGCACAUAGCAGUCGGUGAUCACACAGGAUAGUCAUAUAGCCGGAAUUUAUAAUGGAAAUGAUUUGAGUUUCUAUGACUAGGUCAAGUAACUAAGGACAGCUGAAUUGACUUGACUGUAGAAGCACAUCUUCAGAGUUUGUGUGAAGGUCCUGAAUUAGAUUCUUGCAGACUCAGUUGGGCAAUUGGAGUAAACAUAACUCAGAGGUUUUGCUGUGAAAACCAGAAGGGUCUCGCAUAUUAAACUAUUGCAUCGGUUUGUAGCCACUGUCUAUAGAAUAGUUGCGUAGCGGAUCCAACAGAAUAGCUGCGUAGCGGAUCCAACAGCUCAUGUUUUCGCAGAGAAAGCCGAAUUGACUCUGUAUGUGUUAAGGUAAGUUUGACAAGUUUGCAUAAGAAAGAUUAUAUAUUGAACGCCAUGACGACAAGUAAAACGGAUGCAGAGAAUGCAGUUUGUAAACCUGCGCAGGGUUUCUUGUGUACUUUGGGAAGACACGACGCUUGUAUGACUCGAGUAAGCAUGCCAAGAUAUGAAAGUUAGAGACGUAAACAACAUGACAGGUGAAGGAGCUGCGGAAGCUGGAGAUGAAGCAUUGGUACACGGUAGAGAUAGUCUGCGUCUCUAUCUUGGUUGGUUACGCAGUCAACUACUUCACUGGAAAACGUGAGAAUGA